CACCCCAGGUUUGCGAAAAGCGCGCAUAUAUAGUCGAGCUGGUGUAGUAAGGCCUCGCUGGUGGCAGCUCAACGCACUACACCUGACCUGUUCCAGCCCGCCGCUCUUGUCCUGGUCGGCUUUACCCACCUGAGCUACUCGCUCUGGGCAAGCUAUCAAGUUUGAACCAACUCUUCUACAAAAUCACCCUGCGCAUGCGAAAAUGCUCAUAUCUUUGUGGCCUUCUGUGAUUCGACCCUGACGAGCACUCAACCACAGAUAUCAGAGUCAAGCCUUGCAGAUGAAAUAGUAGGAAGUGAUCAGAGCAACGCGCUGAGCAAGCAUCAAAGAGCUGGGCCUUGGGUGUAGCAGCGGGCACCAUGCGGAGCUUCGCUGCGGCGCUCCUGCUGCUAGUUGUUUUAGCCGCGGAGUGCGCUUUGCCGGGCCACGCGGCCUUGCAGCAAAGUGGCCAACAGCACUUGCGGGCGGGCCGCCUUGCACGCGGGCUGCUCCAAUCCCGCAGCACUGUCCCUGAGAAAGGGGACUUGACGGAUGACUCAGCAUGGAUGCAGGCGACGCAGGACACACUAAGCAUCUCCCCGGCGGCACCGCCGCCGCCCCCGCCGGAUUCCCCACGCGGCAAGCAAAACGGCCCCCAAGACAGCAAAGGGCUGCAGGGCUCGCAGGUUCAGGUGCCGAGCCCAGAGGAUGACUGGCUCGCGGGUUGGGGCAGCGUGCUAGUGAACCAAAAGGCUCCCAAGGAGCCGCGUGCACCGCGCUCGCCGCGCAAGCCCACCACGCCCCCAGAUGCGCCCCAAUCUCCGCCGGACGCGCCCAUACAGCCGCCCUCUCCACCGAAGCCACCCUCACCGCGGCCACAGAGCCCGCGGCCGCCGUCUCCUCGCCCGCCGACGCCUCGGCCGGCUCCACCGCGGCCGUCGCCCGCGAAGUCCCCGGUGCCCACGACUUCCCAGUUGCGCCCACCGGUUCCCCGACGCCUCUCAACGGGCCUGAUCGGCGAGCGCGGCGAGGAGGCUCGCCCGCCCCCGCCGUCGCCCUCCGCGGAGUGGCUGGCGGGUGCCGGCAAGGGCAGCACCUCACCGCUCAUCAACCCGGCCAUCCUUCUUGAUGCGCACAACCGCUACCGGGUGCUGUCAGGCGUGGCAAACCUCACCUGGGACAGCGCCCUGUCGCGUCAGGCGCAGGCGUGGGCCGACAAGUGCGUGGCCGGCCACUCGGGGACGCCAGGCACCGGCGAGAACAUAGCAUGGGGUGUGUACAUGGAGCCCGAGGAGACGCUGUCGGGCGUCAUCUCAUGGGCAAACGAGAUCUGCAACUACGACUGGAAGAAUCCGGGCUUCACCGCCGGUCACUACACUCAGAUUGUCUGGAAGAGUACGCGGCGUGUGGGCUGCGGCUAUAAGCUAUGCAACCCCUCGCCCGGCGGCGGCAGCCGCAACGGCUGGCUGGUGUGCCAAUACCAGCCGCCCGGCAACAUGCAGGGCACACAGAACUACCGCGACAACGUGAUACAGCCCAAGGUGUUGCCCACCACCUGCGACGCCGUGGGGCCUGGAUGGGGCACGGUCGGGCGGUGAGGCCGCCGCGGACGGCAAUUGACGCCGCACGGGCUGUGGGCGGAGUAUUCAAGCAGCGAGAGGUAGGCGCCCGUCGGGCGAGGUGGAGUGGGGCCAGCUGGUGCGGUGUGCAGCCGCCGGCAGGUCUGUUUGGGGGCUGGGCGUGUUGGGGUAUGUCUUUACGGUGGGGGAUAUGAUAGCAGGCGGUGGGAUGCAUGGGGCGAAUCUUCGCGCCGUCAGACGGCAGGCGGUGGGGAGGGCUCUGCGAAGAGCCGCCCGGUGCGGUGGGUUGUCGACAACCAUCUGCAGCAGGGUUUAAGUUGUUGUGUGAAAAGCGCACUGCUGAAGAGUUAAAUUCAUAUCCGGACCUGCGGCACCCUUGCACACCUGCGGGGCCCGUGACGGAGUGGCGGGGAGGAGCUUUGCCUUGGGGUUUGACUUAAAGCCUUAGCCACCAGGGAGCUUGCCUGUCCUGCUUGGUGCUUGCUCCGGCCCUGGCCAACUGCCAGGGAUGCGCUGGCGACUGUGCUCGUGAGGAUCGCGUUAGGUUGCUGCUGGAAGCCAUGGCCAGCGUCGCGUGAGCACAGUGGGUUGUAUCAUGGGUAGGCGUUAGCUAACCAGACAGGGUUCGUGCUACGGUACUUCAAUAUUAUGAGAGUGACGCUCUGCGAGCACCCUCCGGAGCGUGGGGCUGUAGUGGGCAGACACGCACUAGCGUAAGAGAAGAAAUGCAUUUGCAUUAUACUGUCGUGCAUAUGCCUUUUGAGUGUUGCGAGUUGGUUAUUGUCCGCAUUGCUCUUUCCGUUCUGUCCUUCCCCUCUUCCUUGAAGUCCGUACGAGAGGUUUGUCUGCCACAGCCAUCCUGCUGAUUGCAGAUGUGUUUUGUUUUAAGGUUUUGCAACCAAAUUCAUCUAUCUAUCAAUGCAUCGAAUGAGCACGGGUGCCGUGUGGUGGUUGCAAGGGCCAUUUGCGGUGUGACCGUGUGAACGGGGGCCCGGCGGCGAGGCCGUUCCUUUUUAGGCAAGCAUGGUUAGUCAACACGAAGCUGAGAGGGACGCGACGGUGUUAACAUGUUGUUCACAUUGAGUUAUACAAAGCCGACGGUGUGCACAUGUGUGUGUGUGGGGGGUGCAUGUGAUGGUGUGCACCACACUUGCCACAGUUAACACCGACACAGACGGAUGCUCUCAUCAAUGGGCUAGUUAGCUCCCCAGAUAGGUGCUCACCAAACUCAAACGCGAAGAAUGUUACAAGGGUGCCUGGUGGUGACGUUGACGCACAGGCGGUUUCGGAGCACUGACGAAGUUGUCAACCGACAGCUUCAGUUGAGUUGGCGGGUGGUGACACGGCGUGCAGGCUGGACAGGCACUUACAUAGUUAUAUACGGCACUGCAUGCAUCAGUAACUGGGGUGUGGCGUUGACAAGUGUUGCGACCGUGUUGGACGAGACAGACAUGCUGCAGCCUCAUUUUGUUACAAGUGAUUGAGCGCUCACGGUAGCCUUAAGCAGCAGGGUCUGCACGUGUCUCAGGCGGGCAAACGACUCGUUUGUGGUGCCACGCGUCUGGCGUGGCCUGUAAGGCGUCAGGUCU